GAAUACUAUUUUACUUGGAAUGACAAACAGAGUUCGCUAUCUAAAAAGUCCAUAGACUUUCCGUAGAGCAAAAGAGAAGGCAGAAAAGUUAAUGAUCAUUUCAAAAUUUUGAGUUUACAUAUUCCUGAGAAUUGAAUAUUUAAGCACCAAACAAGAUCAGAAAGAUCGUGGAGGCCUGCAAUGUUUACCAAACUCUAUCAAGAGACAGAUUAAUAUUGGCAAAUGGGUAAUAUCUAAUUCUAUGUUGACAUUUAGCAAUGGAACUUUUCAAAACGCCCUCCAAAUAUCUAUAAAAACCCUGAGACUUUCUCAUAUUUCUUCAUCCCUAAACUUGGCUUAAUACUCAACAAAAGAAGAGAAACAACAAUGGCGCUCAAGAACUUACUUGCCCUUGUUGUUCUUCUUGCCCUUGUUGGAGUUUCGGUUGCAAAGCCAUAUGGGAACCCACUUAGGAACCAAAAUGGACAUAGGAACCCACGGGCCACGGGUGAUCUUGACCUUGACUACUACCGCUCCACGUGUCCACAACUGGAAUCCAUUGUCCGCCGUGUCACAUUUCAAUACGUCUCUCGCAGGCCAACUCUUGCUGCUGCGCUUCUAAGGAUGUAUUUCCACGACUGUUUUGUCAGAGGAUGUGAUGGUUCCAUUCUUCUGAAAUCACCAAACAAGGAUGCGGAAAGAGACGCUAUCCCCAACUUGUCAGUGAGAGGCUACGAAGUGGUCGAUGCUGUCAAGUCAUCUCUCGAGAGGACUUGGGGUUGUCGUGGUGUUGUCUCUUGCGCUGAUAUUCUUGCCUUGGUCGCUAGAGACGCUGUUGCAGUGAUCGGAGGACCAUGGUGGCCUGUUCCAUUGGGGAGGAGGGAUGGACGCAUCUCGAAGCUUUCCGAGGUUAAUUUGCCAUCUCCUUUUGCUGAUGUAAAGACACUAAAGAAGAACUUCAUGGACAAGGGUCUUAACAGUAAAGACCUAGUCGUCCUCUCAGGAGCUCACACCAUUGGUGUCUCUUCCUGCGGUCUCAUCAACAACCGUAUCCAUAACUUCACUGGCAAAGGUGACUUUGACCCAGCGAUGAACCCUAGCUACGUUAGGACAUUGAAGAAGAGGUGCAAGCCAACUGAUGUCAAGACCCCAGUGGAUAUGGACCCAGGCAGUGCCAGGAAGUUUGACUCUCACUACUACAACAUUGUGGCUCAGAAGAAGGGUUUGUUCACAUCUGAUGCAACACUUCUCGAUGACAUUGACACCAGCCUCUACAUUCAGGCGCAGGUCGUGACUCGUGGUGCUUCCUUCGCUAGAGAUUUCUCUGACUCAAUGGUCAAACUUGGUUUCGUCGAGAUUCUUACCGGGAAGCAAGGUGAGAUCAGGAGGAGAUGUGCUUUCGUUAACUAACUUUGGACCUGACGAUUGAAGUUCUAAAAUGUUUUCUGCUUAUCAUGUUCUUUUAUUCAAGUCCUUUUUCCACGGAAAAUCUUUGUGUGAAUUAACAAAAUGUGUAAUAAUGUAUUUUUUCCUUUCACGAAUGUUAUCUACUGAGUAUUGUUUGAAUGAAAAUGUUUAUUUGUCUUUGA